UACCUUAAUAAAAAAUUCGACGUUAACGUUCCAUUUAUACUUAUGAACUCAUUUAAUACUGAAGAUGAUACCAUGCGCAUCCUCAAAAAAUAUGGAAGUCACAAGAUUGAUAUUCUUACAUUUAAUGAGUCGCGUUGCCCUAGAAUUAACAAGGAGUCUCUAUUGCCAAUGCCUCAAACACCAACUAGUGAUAUCAGUCAAUGGUACCCUUAUGGUCAUGGUGACGUGUUUGAAUCCAUGCUUAACUCUGGAAUAUUAGAUCGGUUAAUUGCUGAAGGAAAAGAAUAUAUUUUUAUUUCCAAUGUUGACAAUCUCGGUGCUGUAGUUGACCUAAAUAUUCUUCAGUACAUGGUGGAUAAUGACUCUGAAUUCAUAAUGGAAGUUACUGACAAAACAAAAGCUGAUAUUAAAGGUGGUACGCUUAUUGACUACGAGGGUACCAUUCGAUUACUGGAAGUAGCUCAAGUUCCUGCGGAACAUAUUGAAGACUUUAAGUCAAUCAAAAAAUUUAGAAUAUUUAAUACUAAUAAUUUGUGGAUCAGUUUGAAAGCUAUAAAACGCGUUACUGAAGAAAAGGAGCUUAAUUUGGAAGUCAUUGUUAACAACAAAACACUUGAAUCUGGUGUAAAAGUAAUUCAACUUGAAACUGCUGUUGGUUCUGCUAUCAAGCAUUUUAAAAACGCUUAUGGUGUAAACGUACCACGAAGUCGUUUCUUACCUGUUAAAUCUACCACAGAUCUAUUUCUUGUAACUUCUGAUUUAUACUCGCUCAAUCAUGGUGCAUUAACAAUGAACCCUAAACGACUCUCUCAAACGGUACCGCUGGUGAAGUUAGGUGAUGAGUUUAAG